GUGAUUUGCUGAUAUUUCAACUUGACAGCAAUGUUUGUUAAACCGUUGUGCAUUUUAUGCCAUUUCUAACUGUUCUCGGUGUAUUUAAAGACUCCAGUGCACCAUGAACCCAGUGUUUUCAAAGACUCUACAUCUAAAUUUUUUACGUCUUCACAUCAAAUUGAACGCUCCUUCUCUUUCUAUUAGAAAUUCACGUCAAUAUGUGUCAACUCUUAUCCACUUUUAAUGCGUGAAUUCUUUACGGUUGCUUGCUACACGCUUCUCUUAUCAAUGCUUGAAAACACGAUUUUCUUCAUGGCCAUUAGACCUAUCAACACUUUGGACCUUCUUUUCUUUCUUUCAACUGCAGUGCUUUUCUCAACAAAUUACUCAUUAAAAGCUUCUUUAACUAAAGCAUGCAUAUCAAAGAUUCCCACUGCGCCCCUUUUUUGCUGCCAAACUAUUUGAUCACUAUAGACAAAACUAUUUGGCCAGUUUCCUAGUCUAACUAUUCCUUCAAAUAGCAGAUUUGUAUAAUCUACCAUACCUUGCUGACUAAUGAUUGCUGUUUUAUGGUUACCUACAGGGACCAACUUUCCAAGUGCUUCUUGGUUUCUUCGUUAAUGUGAUCAAAAAUUCCCAUUGAGCGUCCGAAAAUUCGUCUACAAUUAGCAAACCUGCUCAUCUGAAUUCAUCAUUCUUUUAUUAAACUAUGGCUAUUUUUGGUACUUUUACUUGUAAAUCAUGUUUCAAUGUCUUAUGGUCAGCUCAGUCUGAGGAUGAUUUCAGGCACAUUCGUGCAACAUACGUUUAGUUAAAAGUUUUGUUUCAUAAAUAUCUACCUCAGUCCUUCGCAUAGGUUUUUCCUUUCGUUAAUGUCCAAUAAUUUCUCAAAUGGUUUUUAAUCCCUCGAAACCAAAGUUACUUCUAAAUGUCGCUGCAAAAGGCUAAAUUUUCUAAUUUUCUAUUAGUCAAAACGUAGCUAAAAUAUCAGAUUCCUAAUACACUAGGGCUCGAGUAUAAGAACCUUUCGGCUGAAGUGUCAGAACUAGGCCUAAAUCCGAUAAAAACAAAUUGUACCGAACAUGAGAAUCAUACUUGCAGGUCACAAAAAUUAAAACGUUGAACCUUCCUGCAUGAAAUAGUCGGUCUAUAGUGCCCCAUUCAUCUAUGUAAUUAAAAAUAAGGCAGUAGAUUUUUUUGUGAAAACCAUUUGGUAGUGUCUGUCAGUUUGAUAUCAACAUUUGUUCGUUGAUCCUCUAUUUAGAUUCGUGCCCAAUUGUCUGCUAUAUUCAAAAUGUUUCAGUUUGUUUGCACAAUCACUUGCCUGUUCAUACCAUUUGAAGGCUUGAUAAAUAGUUGUUCCUGUCUGUACAAAAAUAAGACUGAUCUAAGUUCCAGUUAGCUGGGAAGACCGUGCGAAAUGUUUUUACCUUGGCUUUAAAUUUCCUUUUUUUUAUAUGUUUCGUAUCAAGUUUGCCGUAAGAGUUUUAAAUUUAAAGUUUAAUGAUUGAAAAAACUCUUUUCCGUUAAGUUUUUCGGGAAAAUUGAAUUAUGCCUUGCAGGACUCUUUCCCUGAAAUACGAUACGUGCAGUUUUAAUGCGCAAAUGCAGUUAACUUAACACAAUUUUCGCAUUUUGUUAAAACAUGGGUCAAUUAACAUAUAUCAUAAAUAUUGCUACCUUAUGUAUGAUCCCUUGAGAUAUAACGUAAAAGCACUAAAUAUUUGAACUUCAAAUUUCGUUUUCAAGGUUAAACUGUUGUUUGGUAAAUUGCAAGUCAUAGUUUUUCGAAAAAGUUUUGUCACGGAAUGGAAAGAAAUCUUUUCUUUUCAACGACCCACGAGAAGAGAUUUGAGGUUGUUUUGAUUUUAAAGACAGUCUUAAUGGUAUACCUUUUUGGAAUGUUAGCUUAAAGAAAACUAAGAAACGGUGUUGUGCGUCAUAAAGCACUGCACUAUCGCUUGACUUCGAUCAAUCUUUCAAAAGUAUGACAAGAAUGACAUUGUUCAAGUUAAAACCUUUACAGAACUAAAACAGCUUUGGACAAAAACAUGACUCUAUUUACUUUCUCCAUACAUUAAUGUCAUUGGUCAUAUGGAUUAAAUAGGUCACGCCGGCUGGAUUCAAAACAUAGGGUUGAGGCAUUUGUUGUGAAAUAUUUUCAAUGGUAAAAAAAUCGAUGAAUUCUUUUUAUUUCGCAAGAGCUUUGCUCUGUUUCUCUGGAUUGUUAGGCGGGAAAACGCCGGAAGGUAAAAGUUUCAAUAUUCUGGUAAAAGUGAAUCUGCCAAAUCAUGAUAUUUCCGGAGUUGUAGGAUUACUUCAAAGGCAUUUCAAUUCCCUAUUCUUUAUCAUUUUUUCAUUAUAAAACCAGUUGAUGGGAAUGCAAAUUGUUAUCCUUUUUCAAGUGACAGUUUGGCUUCAACUUUGGCCGACUCCAUUCUUAACUUUGGCUACUUCUAUACAGAGACUGGCUCAAAAGUCCAUAUUAGAAAUUCUAAUGCUUUUUACACAUUUGAAAUUUUCAAAAAUCUAGCUUCUGUGCAUUCUGAUCAUAUUUUGAGAAUAUCUAUUUUUGUUGUGCAACUAUCUGAAAUUCUCUCAAACCUCACGUUUUUCCCACCGAAUUCCUAGGCAAAUUACAUUGAUAUACCCAUCUGGAUCUACAGAACAACCGCUGGCAAUUGAAUACAUCUAAAGUAAUGAAUAACAAUAUUGUAUAAAAAGACUAAUUCAUGGUGCCUUAUGACUGAGGGGAUUGUUGUGAAAUUCUGUUUCAGCUUCAAAACCGCUCCAUUAAUUAUCCAUCAGUUUACUCACAGACUCUGUCAUCCUUUUAAGACAUAACUUGUGACCAUUGAAAACAUACAUGGUUAUACUAAGCUAAUUAAUGUCAAAAUUCUUCAAUAAGAUUUAUAGCUGAUGCUUAGGUUGCCUGAUUAAAGUGCUUCGUGAAAUCAAUUCUUUUGCAAUGGGAAGCUGUUUGUUUUGGUAUGGUAAAACAGCUGGUUAAAACUUUAUGCAAAAUUAAACAUUUAUAAAUCGCUACCCACGCCUCGCUAUAUUCGAGUAUAUUGUUUAAGACUUAGCAUAAAACAGGACGUCUGGAGAAAGAUCUUGCAGUGGAGGAAUGUAAAAGCAAUCAUGAAUAAACGUGUUGCUUUUACUCGAUUACAGCUAUGCAUUAAAGGAUGACGGGCAUUCGUUACAAAUGUGAACGAUGACAUGGAUCAAGAGCUUUUAUUUGAGGGCCCUAACGAUCUUGCUUCAAAUAACAUUGAUUUUAUCAGAUGAAAAAGGUAGAGCCCAACCCGUUAUACGAUUACCACCAAAUGACAUCAUCGUGCAAAAUGACAAUAUCACCAUACCGUGUUUAGUUGAUGGAGAGAGACCUUUAAAUAUAAUUUGGCAGAGAAAUGGAAUAAACUUAGAUAUAAAAAAUUCAAAUCAUUUAACAUUGCUUCCGGAUGGCCCCCUGAUAAUUUCGAAAGUCGAGAAGAAUAGAGAUCAAGGACGUUAUCGAUGCAUCGUUGGCAAUUCUGUUGGCAAAGUAGUCAGUAAGGAGGCCGAGAUCAUCUUCCCAUAUAUGGACAAAUUUUCCAUGCCUGAUACUGAGGUAACAGUCAACGAAGGUGACCAUGCACUACUGGAAUGUCAUGCGCCAAACUCAUUCCCUGAUCGACAUAUUUAUUGGACCAAACGUAGUUCCGAGAAGGGUGACGAAAACAAUACAUUACAUUCGGUAGAAGGAACUCACUACUCAACAAAUUCUGAUGGGAACUACUUGUAUUUUGCUUAUACUAAAACGACGGAUAGUGGGCAAUAUUAUUGCAAUGUUGAGAAUCAUCAUCUUGGAAAGCAUGAAAGCAGGACGGUUGAAUUGGUUGUUAACCCAGUUCUAGUCCAGAAGAAUACUGCUCCAAGAAUUUGGCACGUCACAACGAAAAGAGCUGUUAUUGGAGAUAACUAUGACAUUGAAUGCAUUGCUUACGGAAGGCCUGUUCCUCAAAUUAAGAUUCGAAAACGUGACUCAGAUAUCAUUCUUGGAUCACGUGAUGGAAAUAAGAGAAUUGCCAAGUUCCGACCGCUUUUAAAGUCAGAUAUCGGUGCCUAUAUUUGUGAAGCAAAAAACUCAUUCGGACAGUCUGAUUCAAGAACGUUUUAUGUAACAGGAGAUGAGAGACCACGCUGGAUUGUCCAACCAGAGGACACGUUGGCAGAUAUCAGCGAGUCGAAAACUCUUCACUGCUUGGCCAGCGGGUUGCCUAUGCCUUCGUACACUUGGUUUUUCAAUACAAAAAGAAUAUUCACAGGAAAGGAGUAUACGGUAGCUGGUGGAAAUUUGACGAUAUCCCCGAUCGAAAAACUGCACUCUGGGAUGUAUCAAUGCAGUGCGAAAAGUAUCCAUGGAGAGUUGAUGUCGUCUGCAAGAUUACAAGUCAUUGAAAUUCCAGCUGGUUUCGGACCCGGUAGCGUCUCACCCUCUAAUACCCACGUGCUGAUAGGUGGGGUGGCUGAAAUCACGUGUAGUCCAAUAGGCUCACCAAAACCUUCAAUUCGUUGGCGAAAGAGCGAUGCUAAUGGUGAAAAAGAGGUUCUCAGUCAAGGGAGAACGACAAUUUUACCAAAUGGUAGUUUGAGGAUUGAGAGAGUUGUAUUGUCAGAUCGGAGUAGAUACAAAUGCUUGGUACGCAAUAGCAUCGGUUCUGCGAGUAGAAGUGCUGAAUUGUUUGUCAGAGCACGGAUAGCAAUCACAAGACCACCUCAGUCUGCUACGGCCAAAGUCGGCACAAGUAUGAAUCUGACAUGUGGAGUGGAAACAGCAAAUGUAUUAGAAGUCUUUUUCAGAUGGGAAAAGAACUUUGUUAGAUUAAUUGAAAAUACCCGUGUGUAUACGAAAAAAGUCGGAACGCACACGUCGGUUCUGCAUUUUGCAGCCUUGCGUAUGACCGACCUUGGAAUGUACAAAUGUGUAGCAAUGACUACUGGAAAAAUUGGUUCUACGGACACAGCUGAGGCGUACCUUACAGUCACAGGUCCUUCUGGCCUUGAACCUUCGAUCGAUAGCGGCCAUAAAGUUCCGCCUUUAACCAAUCCAACAGACAGCCCAACUCCUUCUGACAGUACAUGGCAAAAGGGAGUUCCUGGCCGCCCAACAGAAGUCAGUACAGGUGAGCUGAAAGACAACAAUGUCCGAAUAUCCUGGACCCUCGGAAGGGACAACUACAGCCCGGUGACAAGGGUGCAUAUAUUCUAUCGAACUCUAUAUGAACCAUCAGUUUGGUUUCACAUUCAGACAACAAAGAAUACUAAGUCACGUGGAAGUGCGACAGUCCUUCUUUCGCCUUGGGCCUCGUAUCGCUUUCGGGUCAUGUCUGAGAAUGGAGUUGGUAACAGUACACCAAGUGCAGAGACAUUUCCCUGGCUCAAGAGUUCUCCGCGAGCGCCCUCUGCAUAUCCAUCCGACCUGAAAGGAGUUGGAACAGGACCAACGGAGAUCAAAAUUUCGUGGCAGCCACUUUCGAAACUGCAGCAAAAUGGACCUGAUGUCUUUUACAACGUCUUUUAUCGAAAAAGUGGCACGUUUGGAAAAAUGCGAGUGAACCAGGUUAAAUAUGGUUCAUAUUUGCUUGUCCGAGGCACAGAAUAUUACGUGCAAUACGAGUUUAAGAUACAAGCAGGCAAUGAAUUUGGUCUGGGUCCUGUUAGCCCAACUUCAACCGGCUUCACUGGGGAAAGGCGCCCACUUGGUGUACCAAAAGACCUCCAAAUCCAAAUCAAGUCAUCAAGAAGUGCUAUUGCUUGGUGGAGGGGCGUUAAAACCGACAGAAAAAUUAUGCGAGGAAAAUUUCUUGGAUAUAAGCUGUUCAUUUGGCGAGGGUCAUGGCCUGAAAAACCGAGGGACGCAAUUUUCAAAACAACUCGUGCCAAUAAGACUCAGGUCCAACUUAGCCCCCACACCUCAUAUUUGUUCCAAGUAGUUGCGUACAAUAGUGAAGGUGAUGGUCCGGGAAGUAACAUAGCCGGUCCUUUUAAGACACCAGAAGAUAUUCCAGAUCAACCAGCCUCAAUAACGGUUGAAGAUGCAGAAAUGGGUUCGGCAAAAAUUACAUGGACAGAACCAGUGGUAACUAAUGGUGUAAUAAAUGGUUACUCAGUGAAAUACAGGGAGCUGCCGGGAGGUGAUUACAAAUAUGUAGAAGUUGGUGGACAAAGGAAAUGGGUUACAAUUGAUGGACUAUCUGCAGCUGCGCUGUAUGAGUUCAGCGUUGCAGCCAAGACAAAAGCUGGAACCGGAAGCUACCUUAAGAAGAACUUUGACUUUACAUGGCUCCCAACCGUAAAACCAGAUGGAGUUAGAGAAACCGCAGUUGGAGAGAGCACAAUCGUGCUUAGAUGGAACACCGUUAACGACCCUUCAAUUAUUGGAUAUAAGAUCUAUUAUCAAGCCGAGGAUGGCACGAUGAAAAACAACAUCACGGUUGAUAACGUGAAAGCCGAAAGAGAACUGUUGAUAAGCUCUCUCAAAUCAGGAACCGUGUAUUUAUUUCAAGUUUCCGCCAUGAACCGAUAUGGUGCUGGCUCAAAGACCCAACCAAAACGUGUCAGGACAGUUUAUGUGCCAACUACUCCAGGUAUAGCAGAGACGUCUACAAAAACAGAAGCAGAAACGACGACAAUCAUCACAAAAACGACUGAUGGGGAUAUUGAUAAUUCCAUCUCCUCCUUGAAAAAGCAAGCAUCUGGCAGUUGUUCAAACGUGAAUGAGAGGACAUUCCAAUUUUUGUUCUGGACGCUUACGACUUUGCUGUUAAUUUUGAGGUAGCCACGGUCGAUUCGGUGAUUUGAUUGCAAUGAUCAUGUUCAUUAUCUCCCUCAAAUCAUCACUAUAAAUUGCCAUAUGACCAAAGAAUCAUUCAUGUUAGAAGAUAUACUUGAAUAAGAGGUUUGUAUCUGAAACGAGGAUAUUGAAUGAUCAACGGCUGAUGCAACUUUUGGAUCAUUCGUGUAACGAUGCAAUCAUGAAGCAGCUAUAAACAGUCAAUGGAUGCAUCACAAAAUGACGUCAGAGGUGAUCUUUGACCAUCUCUAUGGCUUUUGAAAACUGGUGUAUCGGUAUUCGGUAAUACUUCAUGUAAACUUAUUUAUGGUAAGGCUUCGAAGAGGCGAUUUGUUAUCAUAAGCUUCUGUCUGUCAUUUGUAAAGAUGACAUUGGCAAGGUACAGUGCGAAGAUCUCCUAACGCCAAUUAUCUGUAGAACCAAAAUAGCGACAUAUGGCAUAUGGAAUAAGGCAUAUCGAUUGGCGUCCCACAGCAAUUGACACCGAGCAAAAUUUCAAAACACAGCGAGAAAGACUGUUUGAACUGAUAUGAAUGCAUUUCAGUCCUGCCAAUUGGCACUUGAGAGUCAUCAUCGCUAUCAUCAUCCUGGGAGUUUAGUAACAAUGCCUUCUGAUGUAGAAAUUUCGUUUCUGGAUUAUAAUUUUUGCUUUAUGUAAAUUUUAAGAUCGUGAAUACUCUUAAUGCCAAACUGUUUUUUCUCGAUAUUGUAACUGUUGUAUUGUAGUUGCAAAAAAUGGAGGAAACCAACAUUUUCUAUGUUAUUAUAUUUUUACAAAGUUUGAGUUUACAGAGGAAUUUUCAUUGCUUUGAGUAAUUUUCAAGAAUGGAAGAAAAAAUCUUUAUUGCUUGAAAUUUUUUCAUAGAUUCAUGCAUAAAAAGCAGUCAUUUUAAGACAUGCAAUAUACACUACUCCGAAGCAAAGAUUGAUUGAGUUAAAAUUGCCUCAUUGAAUCUGAACAACACAUAUAAGAGCAUUUUGACUGAUGCAAGUGACACCUAUAUCAUAAAUGACCAAUUAAGCGCCCCACUUUCAAAAAUGCGUCACGGGCCUAGUGUCAAGCACCACUGCCAAGUACCUACCCCCUAAAUAAAAGAGGGAUUCUUAUUUGAACAAAUAUCUUUUUUUGGAAGACAGAGGUGCAAAUUGUCAGAAGUUUAUAAAUUUUGAUUAUAAAUCAUUACAUAAGUUAACAGUGAUGACCAAAUAAAUAGCCUCUGAAUGAGUCACCGGGAACAGUGUUGAAAUUUUCAGUAAGCGCCCGGACGUUUAUUCGGUCAUUUGUGUUAUUUGGCGUACAACCGCUCAGUGUAUGAUAAUGCGCCCGGACGUUUAUUCGGUCAUUAAUGUUGUUUGGCGUACAACUGGUCAGUGUAUGAUCAUGUGCCCGGACGUUUAUUCGUCAUUAAUGUUGUUUGGCGUACAACCGGUCAGUGUAUGAUCAUGCGCCCGGACGUUUAUUCGGUCAUUAAUGUUCUUUGGCGUACAACCGGUCAGUGUAUAAUCAAGCAUAAAGACCAUACGAAAGCACUGUGCAACAUCCUCUGUUACCCUCUUUGUUGCAACUUGGCUGUUGUGACCCAUUAGUUUCUAUACUACCCAACCGCUUCCCAUAAGCAAAUAAAUAUACAUCACAAUAUUAGCUCUGUAAUUUAACCUACUGGGUAGUCCAUUUUAUCGCGAAAACAAAGAAAUAAGCAUCGAUAUUAAGGUUUCUUUAAUUUUUUAGAGAUCCGUGUACAUUUUCGACCAGUAUUAUUUAUUAGCAUUUGCAAUAUAAUGUAAUUUUAAAUUGAAAUACAAUAAUAGUGACCUUGGA